GUGCCACUUUCAGGUCUCCUCACACUGCUGGUGUGUUUCCAUUUUUUUGUCAUAGGGUUGCUGGCAGAUUACGGGCCUCCCAUUGCUGCUGCCAAGGCCCGUAAUCUGCCAUGGGCCCCUGUACCGCCUCUUCAUGCUGCUGCCAGGUCCACAGUCUCUCAUGGGUCCCUGUACGGCCUCCCAUUGCUGCUGUCUCCAUCGCCACACUCUGCCAUGUGCCACUUUCAGGUCUCCUCACACUCCUGCUGGUUUCCAUUUUGUCAUAGGUUGCUGUAUGGCCUCACAUUGCUGCUGCCUCCACCGCCACACUGUGGCUCCAAACACUGGUUUUGGCCCCGUGACUGGCCAAAUGAU